UUGAAUGAUUAUUUUGAAAAUUUAUUCUCCUAUAAAUUCUAUAAUUUCAAUGUGAAACGCGAUUUGUAGAAGGUGCAAGCAUGUUUUGGCUGUGGAUCCACUCGCUGGAUUCGCCUUCCAUGAAGGAGGAAGGCUUCGCCGGCGUAAGCUCCGCCCACCGGCAGCCGCCGGGAUCUACCUUUCACGGUGACUCCACAGCGAUGAGCAGCAGCCUAAGUCCUAAUGCUAAACCUAGAAUUCAAGUACUACACGGAAUCGUUCACCUCUACCGCAGACCCCUACCGCUCUCUUCUUCCUCUUCCACUUUUCCCUCUUCCUCCUCAUUUCCUCCCUCCUCCUCUGACUCUUUCCUUCCGGCGAGUCGUGGAAUGCUCCUCUUCGUCCUUGCCGUUCCUAGUCAUCUCUCGCCAGAGGAUUUCCUUCGUUUCUGCGGCUCCUAUGCCGACUGUUCGGCAGGGAUCCAGGUCAUUAGGAACGACGGAAUGGAGGACCGGUACAGCGUUCUGGUUAACUUCGAAGAUCAGAAGAGCGCUGAUGCAUUCUAUCUCAAUCUAAAUGGGUGGAAAUUCUCUUCAGUUGAGGGGGAGAUUUGCCAUAUUCUGUUUCUAGCUUCUCUGGAGUUCACUGAGUCGGCAGAGAUUGCCUGUACUCCUCCGCUUGGAUCCACUGAACUACCAACUUGUCCUGUCUGCAUAGAAAGGUUAGACCAGGAGAUAACUGGCAUCACGUCCACUACUUGUGAUCAUUCCUUCCAGUGCUCAUGCAUAUUAAAGUGGGCCAACUCUUCCUGUUCGGUAUGCCAAUUUUGUCAAGAACAUUCAGCAAAACCUAUUUGCUUGCUGUGCGAGACAUCAGAAAAUCUCUGGAUAUGCGUCAUAUGUGGUUUUAUUGGAUGUGGAAGGUAUAAAGAAGGUCAUGCAUUUAGACAUUGGAAAGAUACUCAACACUGCUUUUCUCUUGAUUUGGAAACACAAAGGGUUUGGGAUUAUGCUGGAGAUAACUAUGUACAUAGAAUUAAUCAAUCAAAAUGUGAUGAUGAGGUUUUUAAGAUGAAGUCCAACUGUAGAACUAAUGGGGACCAUUGUGAAAGUUGUGCUUUUAUUGACGACUCUGAAAUUAGUGCAGCUUUGUUAAGCAGCAAAGUUGAAAUUGUCAUGGACGAAUACAAUCGCUUACUUGCCAGUGAACUUGAAAAUCAAAGAGUGUAUUACGAAACUCUACUUGAAGAUGCAAAAAAGAAAAGGGAGAAAGACAUUUCUGAAGAUGUGGACAGAGCUGUGGGUGUAAAGAUCCACGACAUACAACUUGAAAUUGAAAAAGCUUUUAAAGAAAAGAAGAAUUUUGCUGAGAUUAAUGAAAAUCUCUUGAAAAGUCAGAAUCAUUGGCGUGAGAAGAUCAUAGAAAUUGAGCAAAGGGAGAGAGAAACACUAAGAUUGAAGGAUCAAAAGAUCCAUGAACUAGAAGAAGAGAUAAGAGAUUUCACCGUUUUCAUUGAGGCCCAGAAAGCACUUGAUAUCAAAGGAGCUGUUGAUGAUAUCCGAGGGGGGACAUUGUUACCAGUUCCAUCACCUCUAAGUUUGCCCCCCCGAUCCAAAAGAUCUUCAAGGAUUACCAAAAGGAGAAGUUAGUUUUUCACAGGCAUUAAACUUAAAUUUUGAGUUCAAUCCUCGUGCCAUCAUCAAAGUACAACCACAACCUUCAAAAUUUCUUUAUCUAUUUGCCAUGAAUGUGAAAAUCAGUGAAUAAAGUUUUCCAAAAGCCCAAAAUCAGGCAGCAGAUGAUAGUAAUUUUUUCAGAUGGAUCGUGCGAUAUUCGGAAUGAAACCUGCUCGAGUAGAGUAUUGUGCUUUUCAAAAUUUUGAUUGCAAUGCAAACUAUAAUUUUAACUAUGAAGUUGGUUUAAGGUAGAAGUUUGAAGUUAUUGUUAUAAAGAUCAUCAUUUUUACUCGUUAAUAUACUUUGUCUAA